AUGGGAUAUACCAAAAACUGGCUCGUCUUUGUGAAGACGAUCAACAAUGCGAUCGGGCCAAAGAAGUCCUACUUUGCGACCCGGCAGGAGGCAGUGCGCAAGGAUGUUGAGCGCGCAUUUGGUGCGCUCCAGAGUCGAUGGGCGAUGGUGAGGGGUCCGGCACGGCAGUGGUAUAUUCCCAACAUCGGCGACAUCAUGUACGCGUGUAUCAUUUUGCACCACAUUAUUGUCGAAAGUGAAGGGGACGAACUGACUCAGUGGACCAGCGAAGAUGACACGGGUGCCGGUCCAAGCCACGGCGUGGCCACCGCGAAUGUGAACAUGAGGGUACCUCAUGGAGAGGUUGAGCGGUUGCGCUCAUUUUCCGACAUGCGGCAAAGAAAUGCCCAUAUUCGACUUCAAGAGGAUAUCAUCGGAGAGGUUUGGACGCGGAGGGGUGGACACUGA